CGCGCCGCGGCAGCGCCAGCGCCGCCCGCCAGCCCGGCCCGCUGCGCCCGGCCGGCCCGAGGUUCAGAUGAAGUGAUCGGCACUGAGCAAGCUGAGCAGAGGUUCGCAGGAGGCAGGAGCUGCUGUCAUCUCACUGUAUGCAGUGCACACGGUAAAACUUGGCUUUUCUCAGGCAUCAGGAAUGUCUUCUGAGCCCACUUCAUCCACCUCGCAGCAGCCCCCCACCUCUCCACCCUCACCUGGUUCUCUCCAUCUGCCUGAAAACCGCAGGGCGAGAGAUCGCUCUCCAUCGCCCAUGAGAGGGUACCUCAUCCCCAGUCCGCUGCCCACCCGACGGACCAGGACGUUUUCGGCAACCGUGAGAGCAUCAGAGGGUCCCAUCUACAAAGGCGUCUGUAAAUGCUUCUGUCGCUCCAAAGGCCAUGGCUUCAUUACCCCUGCAGAUGGAGGGCCCGACAUCUUCGUACACAUCUCUGAUAUCGAAGGCGAGUAUGUUCCCGUGGCAGGCGACGAGGUCACCUACAAGAUGUGCACCAUCCCUCCGAAGAACGAGAAGCUUCAGGCGGUGGAGGUGGUGAUUACCCAUCUAGCUCCUGGAACCAAGCACGAGACCUGGUCGGGGCACGUCGUCAGCUCCUGAGGCGUCCCAGAGGGAGCGUGGCUGCUGCCUGCAUGGUCACCGCUCAACAACUGGCUGCAGGGGACCCGUCCUAAGAAUAUUCUACGUAUUGUGUGGGAGGAAAUACUGCAUUGUCAAUAAAUCAGACGCAGGCCAAAAUUACCAUUUUCAUAGCUGGCCUGAAAAAAAAAAAAAGGCAAUUCAAAUGCUAAUGAAAAAAAUCUAGCGUAAUGUGUUUACAAAAAAUAUAUUUUAAAGAGACCUAGUUUGUGUGCUUGGUGGAGGAGGGGAGGUUUGGUUUUGCUUUUAUCUUGUGAGCUGAUUCUGUGAAAUGCCCAGGGGAAUCGGGGAGAGAUUUGAAAGAGAGCUCUUCUAGCGCAGAUGGCCGUAGCAGAGACACGACUCCGAGGCCCUGGAGGUGCGCGAGCACUGCGUUCCCUUGAGCUGCUCUUCUGUAAGGGUUGGAGUACACUUAUUGCUGAUAACGGUGCCUGAAUGCCUUGGCUUGAGAGAGAGAGAGGGGUGUUCAUUGCUGUGAUUUGUUUUCCUCGUGGAAGGAAGUUCACGAACAGAGCAGCUGCUGCAGGGUGGAAAAUCUCCAUCUGGUGGUUACGCUCCGAUGGCCACGGCUGGGUGCCCUUCAGGUGCAUCAUUUGCAAAUGGCAUAUCUGCGUAUGUGUGGAAUAUUGUGGUUUUAAAGCCCGGAUUGUUUGUGAAUUUACUUAGGUGCCUUGAUGGUUGAUUAGCAACAGAUUUUAUAGGCCAGUAUUAAAAAACAAACAAAACCAAACCAAAAUUUAAAAAAUUUGCUUCAAGGUAAGUGGUAGAAAGCUGUAGAGUAGUGGAUACUUCAUAGCCUCUGACUGUGCCUGAAUUUAGACAAAGCUGAAGAUUACCUUCUUGAUUGCGUGUAGUUGAAUGUCUGCCAUGGUAUUUCACUGGGCAGGCACAAUAACUGUACUUCUGAAAAGCAAGUUAUAUGCUAUUCAGAUGACAGUCUAUAAAAUACUAUGCGAGUUACUUAACAGGCUCAGCUGUCACGGUGAAGUAGAUUCUCCAGCUGUUUCCCUGGAAAACUUGCUUGGUAGGAUGUGGUAUGGUCACCCUUGCCCUGACUCUUCUCUGCCUGCAAGAUUUCAUGUAGUUGUAGUGCGACUACAUUAGUUCUGUUCCUGUUUGCCUUCCACCUUUUUUUCAAAUGAAGCAUUUUUCUCUUUUAUGUUCCUAACAGUGGAUUUUUAUUGACUUUGCAAAUAAAAAAAAGUAAAAAAGAUGACAUGAUACUCUUCUGUUAGUUGUGUGAAACAGUAUAACUUCAGUUGCCUAUUUGUAGUCUUAACAAUAGGCGCUCGCUGUCAUGAAAUGUCUUAAGACUCUGUCACAGGAGACAAUCUGUUCCGAGGUCUGACUGGGAGAGACCACAGGUGUAUGGAGGUUAGUAACUGCUGUGAUGACUUGUUUUACCUUAGCUGUACCUGUAUUACACUAUAGUGUACGGUAAUGACCAGCCUGUAGUGGGGUUUUGGGGUUUUUGUUUGCUUUUUAUUAACCAUAAGACUUGUGGCGAACUUAACACUAUCCAGUUUGUUGGAGUAUCACACGCUGCUUCGUUUACAAUAAAUGUGACCAUUAUAAUGCUUUAA